UGAUGAAAGUAGCUAGCUCUCACACACGGGGCGGAGGGGGGUGGAAGAGCAUGUCUCUAUUUCAUCAUCAGCUCAGGCCUCUCGGUACUGCUCUGUCCUCCUUGAUAGACAGUUGCAGUCACUCGUGAGAAGGCGACUAUGCUUAUGCUGCUUCUGUUCCUGUUGCAAGGGCCUCCCCCUCAGACAGCCUUUGCCAGACCAGAAGAUUUCUUCACACGACAAACUGGAUUUUUGUUUUUUGUUUCUGUAUUGUGACUGGUUGGCACGAGAUGAGGUUCACAUUUUUUACUUGAAUGAUUUUUUUUCUCUUUGGCUUCCUGUGAAGUAAUGUGAUGGACGGCAAGAUACAAGGUGAAUGCUUUUCUGUGUCUACCUCUCCCGAUUUCUCUCACUUUUUUGAGGGUCAAAGAAAAAUGAGUAUUCAAAGUACACAAGAUCUCAAGGAUUAGAUAAUUGAAAAAUGAGUCUGGACACCUAAUGAAGGACAAAUUUCACCCCAGGAAACUCUGCCAGCAAGAGGUCAAGCAAGAGGUUUAGCUGCAAAGGAACAGCCAUUGGCAUUACAGACUAAUGACUGUUGUACUGCCAGACAGUGUCCACUGGAAUGGUAGACACACAGAUCCACUCUAAUCCAUUAUCGCCAUUGGAAAAUGACUCUGGGACCCCCUUGGCUGGAGAAUUGGUACAGGAAAUGGAGAAUGUACAAGACAUUUCACAAUCUGUAGGGGACAACAGUUCAGAGACAUUCAGCAUUGAUGAGAACCUGACUUCAGGAAAUGGUCCUGGAUCAAAUGAAACUGUACCAGAUAUUCUUACACCGGCCUCUAGCCCAUCAUCAGCAAUCUUUCCAAUUACACCAUUAGCCCAAGAUGAAGCUUCCACCUCUGGCCUCAGCAUAGAGUGUCGAGUGUGUGGGGACAAGGCCUCUGGCUUUCAUUAUGGAGUACAUGCCUGUGAGGGCUGUAAGGGCUUUUUUCGGAGAACAAUACGAUUGAAACUGGACUAUGACCACUGUGAACGCAAUUGUAAGAUUCAAAAAAAAAACCGCAACAAGUGCCAGUGCUGUCGUUUUCAGAAGUGCCUUUCUGUGGGAAUGUCACAUAAUGCUAUCCGUUUUGGUAGAAUGCCACAAUCUGAAAAGGAGAAAUUAAAAGCAGAGAUCCUAACAUUAGAGCAAGAUGUACAGAAUUCACAGAUGGCUGAUCUCAAAUCUCUUGCCAAACACAUGUAUGAGGCUUACCUAAAGAAUUUUAACAUGAACAAGACCAAAGCCAGAGCCAUUUUGACAGGAAAAGCUAAUAUCCCGCCCUUUGUCAUUCAUGACAUGGAGACGUUACGUCUGGCAGAAGAGAAUCUUGUAUCAAAACAAGCAGUAAAUGGUAUCCAGAACAAAGAAGCUGAAGUUAGAAUCUUUCAACGCUGCCAAUGUACAUCUGUGGAAACAGUAAGAGAACUGACAGAAUUUGCCAAGUGCGUCCCUGAAUUUAUAAACCUUGACCUCAAUGAUCAAGUGACCCUGUUAAAAUAUGGAGUUUAUGAAGCCAUGUUUGCCAUGUUGGCAUCCAUUAUGAACAAAGAUGGGCUGCUGGUAGCCUAUGGGAACGGUUUUAUGACUCGAGAGUUUUUAAAAAGCCUGCGGAAACCUUUUAAUGAGAUAAUGGAACCCAAGUUUGAGUUUGCCAUGAAGUUCAAUGCACUAGAGUUGGAUGACAGUGAUUUGGCUCUCUUUGUGGCCGCCAUCAUUCUUUCUGGAGAUCGACCAGGUCUGGUUAAUGUAUCACAGAUUGAACAGAUGCAGGAAAGUAUUGUUCAAGCCCUUCGCCUCCAUCUGCACAGCAACCAUCCUGAUGCCAUCUACCUGUUUCCUAAACUUCUCCAAAAGAUGGCUGAUCUCCGCCAGCUGGUUACAGAGCAUGCUCAACUUGUCCAGAAGAUCAAAAAGACUGAAGCAGACACUUUCCUACAUCCACUUCUACAGGAAAUUUACAGGGAUAUGUACUAAUAUUAUUGCAGUCUUUUAGCAAUAUCAGAGGUUAUAAAUCAGAGGUCCACUAAGAAUAAUUAAGAGUGCAAAGAUUACUUAUUAGUCAAUUAGUCACUAGUUACACGGUGCUUCUCUCAGGUUUGUUUAACAUGAUUGACUGAAUGUUGUGCCUUUUGAGACAACAUAGUAUAUGAUACCUGCUCAAGUUUAGAGCAAAUUUUGAAAUCAAUUGGGUUUAUUAAUCCAAUAUAUAUUUUGUUUGUAACUAAUUCAGAUUAUUCAACUUGCUCACUUGGCAACAAUUAUGGCCCAAAAUAACGAAGCUAUUCGAUUGCUUUCUAACGUAAGAUGAAAAUCUCAUAGUUUAAUUUUGCAGUAAGCUAUGAAAGGUACGAUUUCUCAUGAGUAAAUUAAUUCAAAACUGUUAAUCACAGCAUUCAAUAGUCCACGGUGUGAAAGCUUCUGCUGGUAUUUCAUACAGCCUCUUGCUUUCAAAGUUUGAUAAUUGUUUUACAAAUUCAAACUAUGCAACUUAUUAUGUUUUCAUCCAUAAAUUAAUUGAAAUAAAUUUUAAGCAUACACAUUUUUAAGUAAUCGAUGUAAGCUAUGUAUUAUUGUACACUUUGCACAAAAAAAGGGAAAAACCACUACUUUAAAAUGUGAAAUUUCCAAGCAGAAUAUAUUGGAAUCUAUUAUUAUUAUAGUAUAAUUCUUACCCAUCAGAUAAAGAAAACCCAGACCCCCUCCUAAAAAUCAAUUAAAGAAAAGCUAAUGGACUGACUAGCAGAUCCAUAACUGCCAACAAUGGUUUAUGAAUGUAUAGCAAUAAUUUAUGGAAUAAAAUAACAAUGAUUACUGUUUAUAAAGAACAAGAAAGAAGGGGUUAUGGUGUUCAACCUCAGAAUGCUUUUAUCUUGAGUGAGAUUCUGAUUUGAAAGAUAAUUUACAAGAUUGGGCAGAGAUCAGUGCUGUCAGGUCUCUACUCUUUUAAAGAGAGUAAGAGGAAAGAAGAAUGUUGAAUCUUAGUUGAAAUAUAAACUGAAGUAUGAACCAUUAUGAAGUACAAAAGAAUAGUGAAUAAUGUGCUUAUUAGUUGUGCACAACCUCUGGUAUAUGCUGCACUAACCUGUAAUGUCUGCUUUUAAGAAUGUGGCCCAAAAUUUCUUCACUUCUUCAAAACUGUCAAAGAUGCCUUCCCUGGCGUUCUUCUAUUUCCUGCACUUGCCAAUUGCAAACAUGGCAAGCCCUAUGGGAGUUUUUAAAAAUUAAGUACUAACUUCAGGCUCAAAAUUGCUUUGUGCUUGAUGAGAAGUAAAGCUAUGAUUAAAGGUAAUUCUUUUCAUUGGAAUGAAACAAUGAGAAAAUGUUAAUCAGAUUUGUAAUUUAUCAUGUUCCUGUUAAAUACAUAAAUACUUUAUGGGGAUAAUUUUCUGAUGAUUUUAGAGCAAAUUUUAUCCCUUUGCCCUUCAAGGAGGUGCAGGGGAAAUUACCUUUUAAAAUGAUUGGCAAUUAGAAUCAUAGAAUGGUUACAGCACAGAAGGAGGCCAUUCGGCCUACCUAGUCAAUGCCAGUUUUCUAUAAUUGUAUUUCAGCUAGUCCCACUCCUACACCCCUUUCUCCAUUGACUUGCAAAUUUUUCUCUUCGAGUCCUUAUCCAAUUCCUUUUUGAAAGCAACAAUCGAUUUUGCCAUCUUCUCAGCCAGUACAGUCUCGAUUCUAAUAUCUCACUGCAUUAAAAAAAACGUGGUCUCAUGUUGCUUUUGGUUCUUUUGCCGAUCACCUUAAUUCUCUGUUCUCAGGCUCUUGACCUCUCCACCAAAGGGAACAGAUUCUCUCUAUCUACUCUGCCUAGACUCCUUAUGAUUUUGAACAUUUCUAUCAAAUCUCAACAACUACUUCUCUAAGAAGAACAACCCAGCUUCUCCAAUCUAUCCAAAUAACAGAAGUUCCUCAUUCCUGGAACAAACCCCAUAGAUCUUUUCUGCACUCGUUAUAAAGGUUUCAUAUCUUCCUAAAGUAAUGUGCCCAGAAUUGGACAUAGUUGAGGCCAAAGUAAUAUUCUUUAAAGGUUCAGCAUAACUUCCUUUUUACGAGCAUACAAAAUAAAAUCAGAAUAAAAUUCGGCUCCUUGAGCCUGCUCCACCAUUCAAUAAGAUCAUGGCUGAUCUGUAUGUGUUUUGAAUUCCACAUUCCCAUCUACCACCGAUAACCUUUGAUUCCCUUGCCAAACAAGAACCUAGUUAC